AAUGGUAGUUACGAACUGUUGGUGUUCCUCUUCGUGGCUGCCUCUGUCACUACGGCUGCCAUGGAAUUUGAAGGCAGCAAGAAUGCCACUGUCACUGAAAUUGAAAUGUGAAGCUUUUUCUGAAGGCUCUGGUUGUCUUGUUCACAACGACCAAGCCGAUUUGCAAGCUCUCUUACAGAUCCUUCCAUCUGAUUUGCAUCAAACUCUCCUUGAUCAAACUAAUCGUUCUCAACUUCUGGAGGUUGUAUUGGAUUUGGGUCGUUUUCCAGAAGCACGUUAUUUAGGAGAGCAUGGACGUCACUGUUUAAGGAACACAGAGGUAACUGUGAAGGAGUUGGAAUAUGCUGAACAAGCUGUUGGAGAGUUUGGCAAGGACAAUAGAGCUGGAAUUGAGGGUACUUUGCACAGAGUAUCUGCAAUUAGGAGUAGGAAUGGUCACAUAGUUGGCUUGACUUGUCGUGUCGGAAGAGCAAUCACUGGCCAGAUUGACAUGGUCUAUGACCUGCUUCAAUACGGGAAGAGCAUUUUGUUUGUUGGAAGGCCUGGGGUUGGCAAAACUACUGUUAUGCGUGAAAUUGCUCGGGUGCUGUCUGAAGAGCUUCACAAAAGAGUGGUGGUUGUUGAUACCAGCAAUGAAAUUGGGGGUGAUGGCAAUAUCCCACAUGCAGCAAUCGGUGGAGCACGAAGAAUGCAGGUGCGGGAGCCAUCAAUGCAACACAGAGUGAUGAUUGAGGCAGUGGAAAAUCACAUGCCCGAGGUGAUUAUAGUUGAUGAGAUUGGCACCGAAGCUGAAGCUCAUGCUUGCCGAUCAAUUGCCGAGCGCGGGAUCAUUCUUAUUGGGACUGCUCAUGGACAGAAGCUUGAGAAUAUCAUCAAGAAUCCUACCCUUUCUGAUCUGAUUGGCGGGAUAGAAAUUGUUACUCUGGGAGAUGCAGAAGCCAAGGCAAGAAAUUGUCCGAAGACAGUUCUUGAGAGGAAAGCACCUCCAACAUUUGAUUUCUUAAUUGAGAUGAGAGAUAGACACUACUGGCUCACACAUCAGACUGACAAAAGUGUAGAUAUGUUGCUUCGGGGAAAAAGUCCACAGGUUGAGGUAAGAAGAAAAGAUGAAAAGUGUAAGGUCGUGAUAGAAAAAUCUAAGGCAUAUGAUAAAUGCCUAUGAUAUAAUUCAAUUAGCAGCAGUUUAGUUAAUGACUAAUAAAUUGUUGAAAAACCAAUUUAGAUUUAAAGCUAUAAAUUGCCCAAUCAUAUGUAGAAUCCAAUGCAUUACAAAGUUUAUGACUAAUAAGUUGCAAUAAACUCCAUAUCACAUCAUGAAUUAUUCAAUAAAAUUUGUAAUGCAUGACACACAUUUCUCAGUUAAAAUGUUGAUGGACUAUUAAAGACAAUAGAAACUCUCGGUUAACUUUAGACAUUUUGUACAUUCAAGGUUCUUCCAACGUUUUAUCACCAAACAAUCCAUAAAGUAGACUUUAGACAACCAUAAACAAACUUAGGGUUUAACAUGAACAUCCUCACAACAUUCACGUCAUAUCCUAUGUUAUGAUAAGUGAAAA